AUGGGCCGAUCAGCAAAAUUCACCAAAAGACCUUCGAAAGAAGCCAAAGCUCGAUCCAAGAUCGCUCAAGCGAAUGCCAAACCCCUCCCACCACCUAGAUCACCCAGUCCUCCACCGCAGACCGAAGCAGGAGGAGACGUAGAGAAGGGGAAGAAGAAGAGGAAGUUGAUGAGGGCUAAGGUCGAUAAGAAACUGGGCAAAGCAUGA